AGUGCCACGCCCCCCUUGAUCAGCUUAGCGCGUGCUGAUCUGGACUCGAGCAACACGACGCGUUUGUUGGUUUGUUGUUAGCUUUUCUUUUUGCUAAUAUGUCAACGUUUGAGGAUGAUCCACGGGAGGAGAGAAAGAAAAAGAAGAAGAAGAAAAAGUCGGAGGAAAAGCUAAGCGUGACCGCGAAGGAGGAGGAGGAAAAUGAGGAGCAAAAACCGGAAGUGAAUAGCAGCGAGUGUGUGUUGCUGCGCGGGAUCUUCAAAGUGGGCAAGAAAAGCCACGAUGUUCUUCUUACCAGCACCACGCUGACCUGGACCCCCAUCAUGCCUGAGAGUCCCACAGGUGAGGUGUGCUCGCUGCGUCCAGCUGUGCUGAUGCUGCGUGAGGUCUUUGCAGUGAAAGUGAAGAGGCGGCGAGCAGCGGGUCAGCCUUCCGGUGGACCCGUGCUGGGCGUUACCUUGUUUUACUGCAAGCGAAGGGGGAGGAGGCUGGUAGAGGAUAUGCUGCACCUCCACAACGCCUCCUCCGAACACACACAUGCUUGGUACAACACCUUGCGGGAACUGCUGACAGGAUUCAGCAGUCGUCCUAGGUGUGUGAAGGUGUUCAUCAACCCCAGCAGUCACAAAAAAGAGGCGGUCCACAUCUACAGAGAACAUGUGGCACCGCUCUUCAAGAUGGCCGAUGUACGCACUGACAUUACUGUGACAGAGAUGCGGGGUCAUGCCCUCUCAGUGAUGAAGGAGCUCAAGCUGGAUGAAUUUGAUGGGGUGGUGUGCGUCGGCGGGGACGGAUCCGUGGCAGAGCUAUGUCACGCUCUGGUCCUGCGAGCCCAACUGGACGCAGGGUCUCCUGACAGUCCAGUAAGCGCUGGUCUGCCUCUUGGAAUCAUCCCUGCAGGUUCUACAGACGUGGUGUCAUGUUCUGUUCAUGGGGUUAGAGAUCCGGUCACUGCAGCCAUGCACAUCAUUCUGGGUCACCUCCAGCAGGUGGACAUGUGCAGCUUCUCCUCGCAGGGACAGUUGCUGCGCUUCGGCUUCUCCGCCAUGUUUGGCUUUGGUGGGCGAAGCCUGGCGUGGGCAGAGAAGAAGAGGUGGAUGCCGUCGUCAAGGCGACGCGAGUACGCUCUCGUCAAGACCCUGGCCAGGCUCAGAGCAGACCACUGUCAGCUGUCUUUUCAAGCAAGCAAUACAAACACCCUCACUGAACAACUAAACCAAGAACAGGAACAGCACCAGAAUGGGGACUUAGAGGGGGCGGAGUCCUGGACCACCAAUCAGGGCUUGUACCUCAGCAUCAGCAUCAUGGCUAUCCCUUGUCUCAGUCCUCACGCCCCCCGAGGACUGGCCCCGAACACAAGACUGGCCAAUGGAAGCGCAGAAUUGAUUGCAGUGGGAGACACAUCCAGGUCAGAGUUCAUUAAGCACCUGAAGCGGUACAGCACCUCUAGUGGACAGUUCAACUCCUCCUUUGUGGAGACACAUGCCGUGUCAGCAGUUAGGCUUUGUCCCCGGACAGUGAUUGGCUGCUCCGAAGAAGAGAGUGAGGAUGACUCCAGGAUGACGGCCAUCAUCCAAUCAGAAACCGCCACCGUCUUCCCCUGGAACAUCGAUGGAGAGCUGGUGGAGAUCCCCAAUGAAGUACUCAUCAGGGUGCAUCCUGGACUCAUCACCUUGUAUGGAGAGGAGGUGCCGGAGGCAGAGUCCAAUGUGUCCUGCAGCUGCAUCUGAACAAAGCAGAGGGCGCACCCUAACCUCCUUAAGACCGGUUUCUAUGGUGACCAUAUACUUUUAAAGCAGCUUUGACCUCCUUUUUGUACAUUUUGCAUGUUUGCAUUUUAGCAUUUUAGCAAGCACAUUUACUCAGGCUUAUUGUUGUGACUUAUUGUUGUUUCUAUCACAUGUUUGACUUCAUCUUCUGUAUCAGGGCUGUCUAGAGAGUAAUACAUUAUUAAUGCUCUAUUACACUAAUUUGCAUUGUUAUUAGGGAUGCACUGAUCAAUAUUGGCUUUCAAUGCCAAUCACAACAGCCAAUCACCUCUGGCUAGUACUAUUGCAGCAUACAGCCUAUAGCGAGCUUCCCCUGCCCACUUUCCUUCACAUCAUGCAGGUGUGCCAAACCUAAAAAACAAACAUGUCUGCAGUGUGGAACUUACCUGCCGAUUGUGAGAGUUAUACACAUGUUGCACCCUGCAAAACAUGCCAGAAAACCCACGUACACACAGGGAGAACAUGCAAACUCCCCACAGAGAUGCCCAGGUCUCCUAGCUGUGUGGCCUGCACGCUAACCACUCGGACACCAUGCGGCCCGUUUCUCAUUUACCAAGAAAAAUCACUGCUAUAGAGCGUGCUCAGCUGUUCCCCGAUAUUCUCAGCGAAAACGGGUACAUGCAACGUGUUGGAAUAUAAACAAAGGUUUACAAUGUACAAACAUUUUUGAACUGUGCAAAACAACACAUUGAACGUCUGUAACGUGUAGAACAGGCUGUGAAUUUCCCAAACAGUAUUUGUAAAAAUCACAGCAGAUGGAACACAUUGUAGGUUAUUUAUGAAUAAAGACAUGGUUUAUGAAUAAAGAUGAUUUAACAUUAGAUAUUAAGCUGGACAAUUUGUGAAAUACUGUAUUUCACAACCUGAGUACACUCCUCAAUAAUUUGAGGUGUGUAAUAUUUACAUCUUUCCAAGGGAGAAUGCUAAAAAUGAAGCUUUGAUACAUUUUAGAGUAGCGAUUCUCAACUGUUGUGUCGCGUACGAGUCCCACACAACACACUCUGUCAGUGUGUUGUGGGUACUUUGCUUUUCUUCUGAAGCGGGGUGUGGUCUGUUAAUAGGCCUAUAGGUGGCGACAAUGCUCCGUACUGUAAGACCAUUUAAAACUCGUUUGCUACUUGAUGUUUGCUAGUACUGCACUGUACUACUGUUGCAAAGAUGUUGAUUAGUCCUGUAUCUUGCUGAGUCUUAGAAAAUUUGCCUGCAAGUAUUUUAUGCUUAUAUAUUAGCUGCUGAAAUGGAAUGCCCAUCUUGGUUAUCUAUUCAAUGUCAUAUUUAGAGCUGUUCAAAAUCCCCCUGUAAAAGUGCUAUUGCUAAUUGCCAGCCCGUACAUUCAUUCAUUUUCUACCGCUGUACACCCUGGAUUGGUAGCCAGCCAAUCGCAGCCAGCCCGUACAUGUUUUUUUUUUAAAGUUUAUUUUAAUUUUAUUUUUAUUUGUUUACAUGUUUUAUUAAACAUGUUUUGUGCUGCAUGGUUGACGAGUGGUUAGCAUGCAGUUUGUUUAUUAAGCAUGUUUUGCGCUGCUAAUGUCACAAUAAGGGGUGAUGUCCCACAGCCAAAACCACUCAAGAACCACUGCUUUAGAACAGUCAGCAUACAGCUGGUGCAGAAAGUGCCAUUUCUGCAUAUUAAUGCCUGUGUUUGCAUUGUUGGUCAUCUUCACGUUUUUCUUUUCAUUUUUUAUCAUGUAUCACCUUACAGGAAUACAGGUGUACUUUGCUGGCUGAAUAACAUAUUGUGUGCCGUGUUGGUAAGAUGCUUAAAUAGAAAUGACAUCACUUUAUUAGACUAUCAGUGCAGAACAAGUUGACGUGAACAAACAUAUCCAGGCUCAAACCUUUAGUGUGAAAUAUAACAGAAAGUAACAUUGGCGCUCUACGCUUCUUUGAAUCACUUAGUGAAACAUUUAAAUAAGGAAAGGACAAGAAGGCAGCUAGUUUUAGCGUGAAAGAUAACAUGAAGUGUGUGAAAAACUCAAAAAAACAAAAUAUCAACAUAAAUGUUGUGUUCACUGACAACAACACUGUACAGCAUCUUCCAGUGGUCAUGUGACUUCCUCUACAGGUCAGUGUGUCAAAGGUUGUAUACAGGAAGUGCUGUACUCCAAGCAGGAAGUGUCUCUCAGCAGGUGAUUGAAAACUUGGCUGCCAUCCUCUGAGGUCAAAAAGGUGCCCUGAAAGUCAGGGAUUCUGAAAGCCGAGGCCUUCUGAUUGGUCCAUCCUUUUCUUUCUGCCUCUCAGCGCUGUUCAAGUAACACAGCGAUGAAGAAGGUCAGAGGUUGUUUAGGGUUGAAACCACCUGACUGUGUGAGGAUGCGUUUCAUUGACCACUGACGUCAGCACUUCCUGCGCUUUUGAACGAAUUAGCUGGCAGUGUCAGUCCGUCUGGCCUUGAAAUAAAUGUCAGUCAAACCAACAAAGCCAUCUUGAGGCGGUGUCCGUUAGGAAGUGCUCUCCCUGUGGUUCCGUUUGGGAACGUAGUCCCAGCUGUCCCUCUUGAAUUCCUCCUCCUCCUUCUUCUUCUGCAAGUCCCUCUUGAAGAAACCAGCCUGCAGGAUAAUAUUAUUGUUAUUGUUUUUGGACAUAUUUCUAACAAUAUAGUAACGUUUACCUUCCACAAGCACCAGAUGAGCGCGGCCAAGAUCAUCAGACCCAGGACUAAACUGACCACGAUGAUGAAGAUUUUGACGGGUGUGGAAGGUUUCUGGGUGAAGUGAGCCUCCACCAGAGCCUGCAGCAGUGAAGCCCAUUGCAAUAUGGUGUCAUUACAUGGUUCUUCCAGCAAGAUGUGCUAACCAGUUAUGGCAUAGACUACAUUUCCCAUGAGGCACCUUUUGUGAUUCCUCACAGAUUGGUUGCUCCCAUCAAUCAGUCAAGCCAAUAGAAACGCAUGUUUAUGCAUAUAUGAUCGGUGGCAUGUGCUUACAUGUGCUACAGGUCGUUCCUGCUUGAGAACGGUGUGAAGGUCAUUCUUGGGUGAUGAUAUCACGGCUGUACUCUCCAAUUUCACGACACUGUGGCGACCCUGAUAGACAAACUUGACUUAUCAGUGGCUUGACUCAGUAUCAGUGUUGGCCACAUCUUAUGACACCUGCCCCAGCCACACAUCCGCUUGAUGUGUAACUUCCCUUGUCAGGCGUCAUUUUUUGGGUUAUGCAUAUUAGCAUGGUUUCUUAUCUGAACAAAGGUGUCAGGACAUCAUGAUGUUUACUUACGGGUGCUUGGAGAAGAACGUCAGGGUUCAGUCUGACCUCCAGGUGGAUGGUGGCGUCUCGGCUGGGCUCCACGUUGCCAAGGCGACACACCAGUCGCUCGCACAGCUGGUCGUCACGGCCACAGAACUACACACACACAUUCAUGUUUGACUUGAUAUUCAUAUUAUUAGCCAUGCUAGCCGCUAAUGUAUGUAUGUCUUAUUGGGCAGUCAUCGUUGUCAUGUGAAAAAGUAAGAAUAAGCAUGUUUAGUGAGUAGACAUGGAUGUAGUUUGUAUGUGUGUGAUGUACAUGUGUACCAUGGUGCGCGUGGAAGUGGAAGAGAAGAAGAAAACAAGUUGUUUGAUGAGGGAAGCUUGAGGGACAUCGCAAUCGUCGAGAACUGAGACAGUGUCGUCGCUGAUGGUGCAAACACCUUGUGACGUCUGCAGAGACAACAUCGAAUUAUUUAUAUAGGAAGUCACCUGAUUGAGAUUGCUUAGAGGGGUUGGCAUGCUAAGGUGCUUAGCUGAGUGAAGGAGCGCAGUGGAGCACGUACCUGCCAGUCCACCACAUGUAGCAGUCUGUGAGGAUAGGGAAUCAACAGCUUUGGCAGAGAGAUGUCCACUACUGUGUCCACUGAUCUGCUGACACCUGAGUUUAACACCUUCACACACACACAAUAGAAUACGUAUGGAGAGAGUGAUGUGCAGACAAGACCGUGGAAGUAGCGUAUGGAUGAAUAAGAGAAUGUGUGUGAGUUUUACCUUGUAAGUGUAGUUAAAUAUUUGGUUGUAACAGUCAACAUGGGUUGUGUCUUCAUCUCCAAACAGGAAGGAGGUGGGAGUCACAAAACUAUAAAAACACAUUAGUAAUGACGUCAUCACUAUGAUGUCACAACAGUAUAUGUAGAUUUUUAUCCGAUCCAACAUUAUAAUUAUAAUAAUAUGUACACUACAUAAAAUAAACUGGAGUCCACAACCUCGUAUAUGCAGUCUAUGGAGGUGCGGUAAGAUGACGCAGGUACACAUACACAACGUGCAGACUUUAAAAGUUUUAAAAGAAAACCUUUGGGGAAUUUUGCCCAUCAUCCGCCAUCCUUAUGUGAAAGAUGUACACAUGUCUUUCCCUUUUCUGUGCGUUCCAAAAACAGGCAAACAGUUAGCACGAGACAGCUAACAAUGUACUUAAUGGGAUGCACCUAUUCUGCUUCAAGCCCUCAAAAAAACACAUUUAAACCAGAGAGGGCGAGGGUUAAGCCAAAGAUGUCAUCAAGUGGCCAACUGAUGCGAAGAAGCACAUAACGGAUUUGAAAUUUUGGGGUCAAUAUCUGAUGAAAAACUAACUGUAAGGUCCUGUGAGGUUGUACUGAAAAGAGGAAAUAUACAGUCAUAGAAAAAAAUAUUAGACUAGCCUUGUUUCUUCAAUUUAUUGUUAAUUUUAAUGGCUGAUACCACUAUAAGUAUGUUACCUGAAGAAUACAAUGAACACGACAACAUGUAAUAUAAUGUAAAGCUCAGUACAAUGCCACAGCUAUUGAUGUACAGUAGGCACGUAAGUGAUUUUGGUUACUAUCAAGGAAACCAUGGAAAUGGCUAGAUAUACUCUCUUAAAUUACCGUACACUCUUACAAGCUAUUUUCUUGUCAUUAUAUUUGUAAACCAAACGUAUCUUUAGUUGUUCCAGGCAUUAACAUGGACAAAUAAAUUGAAGAAACAAGGCUGGUCAAAUUAUUUUUUUCCAUGUAAACAUAUGUAGUAUGUAUGUAUGUAUGUAUGAAUGUAAACGCAAUGUGUUACCCGUGAAUGUUGAUGUCGACGCCAUAUUUGAGAGGAAGUACCAGGCUCACUGCGUUGUCAUGGAGAUACUCCAUAUUCUCGACAUUGUCACUGGGGGUCAACACAACAAAACUUUCAAUCUUCUUGCAAUUAUAACAAAUUAUAGAAAAUAAAACAUAAACUAAUCUGAUUCUCAAUGGCAUGCAUACUGUAGUACAUUACAUUAAAAAAGGUUUCGGCACCUGCUGGCGUUGGCGUGAAUGAUGAUGUCACCAGGUGUGGCGUUCUGGUUGACGUCCAAGAGGAAGCUAAUGUUCACCUACAAGAUCAAAUAGAAUGUUUUUUUUACAUUUGACAAUAAUGUCAGUAAAAGAGGAACUAUG